AUGGAUAUUGUGGCAGGAGCAUGUUCGGUGGAUAAGGUUUCAGGAAUGAUCCAUAUCCGAGAGGAUUUGACACCUCUGAUGUUGGAAUGGAAGGCCAUUGAUCAAGAUAAGGUAUUGGCAUUUCCCUUGAAUACCAUAUCUAAUUUGCAAGCUACGAAGGAAGAUUCACCAAAAAUGAUCUUAAAGUUGUUUUAUAAGGUUGAAGGCGUAGAGGAACCUAAAACGGUUAAAUUAACCUUUACAAAUCGUCCAACCAUGAAUAAUAUAAAGGAUUCAUUACAAACAGUAGUGGCGAGACAAAGAACCAUUAUUAAAGAUCAAGGAGGUAAUAAUAAUAAUAUGCUGCCAGCAUAUGAUAAUGAUUCUAAAACUCCAAUGACUGCCACUCCUACACCAGGCCCAUCAUCUGAUAGAAGUGGUAAAAACAAUAAUUUCACUGCAUCUUCAGGAUUUUCUGAAAUAUCACUCUCUGACUCUGCAUUAUUAAAGAACUUACAAUUACAACAAAAGUUAUUAUUUGAAGAUAAACAACUUCGAGAUAUUUUCACUCAAUCUGUCAUAGAAUUUAAAUUAUCUCCCACAACUUUCUGGUCUACACGUAUCAAUCAACUUCGAACAUAUGCCUUAACCAUAUCUCAACAUAAAGGUCCCUAUAAUGUUCUUUCAACAAUUAAAGUAGUAGCUACAUCGGAUAAUCAAGUCAAUGUUAACGUUACUAGAAAUGUUAUUAAUGAAAUCUUCCAAACUUAUCCUGUUAUUAAAAAGGCCUUUUCAGAUUUAGUUCCUGCCAAGUUUGAUGAAGGAGAAUUUUGGUCAAGAUUUUUCAAUUCAAAGUUAUUUAGAAGAUUAAGAGGUGAUAAAAUAAACAAUGCCACUGGACGUGGUGAUGUUCUGUUGGAUAAAUACUUAUAUAUUGAUCAAAAAUAUAUUGAUCAAGAGGCAAAAGAAGUUGCUGACCAGAGUAACGAAGCUACUAAAAUACCACAAGAAGAAGUAAGAGUUAAUAAGUUCAUAGACUUAUAUGGGAAUGAAGAAGAUAAUUCCCAAAAAUUAGGGAAUCAACCUGAUUUUACAAUGAGAUUUGAAGAAGAUUUCGAUAACGAAACUCAUAAGAAAUUAUUAGGACAUCAAGAAAAUGAAAUGAUUAUCUUGAUGAAGAAUAUGAAUAAAUUAAGUUCCAAAAUGGUUAAUAUGACCAAUAUAAAGGAAUCAACGCCUAUGGAAGAAGAGAUGAAAGCAUAUGAAGAAGAAUUAAAUCUUCAUGAUCUUGAAGAUGCAGAGGAUUUGAAAUAUAUCACCAUUCAUAUUGAUACCAAUAAAGAUAUGAAGGAACAGGCAUUACAUGAUGAUCAUCAUAAGGAAUCACAAUUAUCACAACAAGAAUUGAUUGACUAUUUAAGAUCAAAUGAAAUCAAACCUCAAAUUGAUGGUGGAAUAGAUUUGACAGAUGUAUAUAAAACUAAAGAUGAAGAAAUUACUAAAUCUUUGGCUGAAAUCAAUACAAUAGUUCGACAAAAUUUCCGAACUUUCAAAGUAAUCUCUCGUGAAGUACAAAAUUCAGAAAACAAUUCAUUAACAAAUUUAGUUUCAAAUGAAAUAUAUCAGGAUAUUAUUAAAUAUAAUAUUACCAUUGUUGAAUUCUUAUCUCAUUUCUGGAAAUUAUACCUUUCGAAAUCAUCCAAACCUAAGGAGCUUCGGAAUUUAUUUAAUAGUUUAAGGAAUUGUGAAGACAAAUUAAAAACUUUUAAGAAUUCCGUUAUUGAACAAGUCGAUCAUAUGGAGAGUGUUAAAGCUAAUCCAAAAUUACGAGAUAAAAUUAUUCAGGAUUUUCAAAAUAGUAUUGAUCCUAUGGAAAUAAGUUUAAAGCAUGCAUGUGCCGAGUAUAUUAAUUCCGUUCGUGCUGCACAACAAGAGGGUACACCUUCGACAGAAGCUGUGAUAAAUGGUAACGGAAAAAGGCUUUUAGAACCAUAA